AUGAGAGCUGUUUCUCUGCUGGUGCUGCUGUGCUGCAGUUUGUUGGAGGGACAGUCGGUCAGUGUGAAGGACAUCACUCUGAGUCAUUAUGAAGGCAAAGACAACCAGAUUCAGGCUGAGGAUCCCAGAACUGAACGUCCAGCCACAACCUCCACCCAACAAAGCUGCCAGCCGGACAUCCACUCUGUACUGAGAGAGAUGAGCGCUAUGCUGGCAGAGCUGAAAGUUGAGCAGAGACACACGACGACUGCAGUGAACAGCAUGGAGAGCAGACUGAGAGCCAGUGAGAGUCAAGUGGAGGAACUCAAGAGGAAGAAUGAGGAGCAGAGUCAGAUAAACCAAGCUCAAACAGUGAAUCAGAGCACCAUGGAGGCGAGAUUUGGGACUGAACUGGAGGAGCUGAAAAGAAAAAGUGAUGAGGAACUGAAAGACUUGAAAACCUCAUUCAAGGUCACAGAGAACCAAGUGGAGAGCCUGAAACAGGAGAAUCAAGCUCAAAUGGUGAAUCAGAGCGCCAUGGAGACAAGAUUUGGGACUGAACUGAAGGAGCUGAAGAGAAAAAAUGAUGAGGAACUGAAAGACUUGAAAACCUCAUUCAAGGUCACAGAGAACCAAGUGGAGAGCCUGAAAGUGGAGAAUCAAGAGAGAAAAGUGGCGUUUUCAGCAUCACUUUUAGUAGAUGGAGAUGGUCAUACUGGGCCAUACAGCGCUUUAUUUCCUCUGAUCUACAAACACGUCUUCACCAACAUCGGCAAAGCUUACAACCCAGCUACAGGAAUUUUCACUGCACCUGUGAGAGGAGUCUACCAGUUCAGAUUCCACAUCCAUGGAGCAAAUGAAAGAGCUGUAGCAGUGGAAUUACAUAAGAAUGGACAUGAAAUAGCUGCAACAUAUGCCUAUCAACCCCAGGGCAGCGUGAGUUCCUCUAAUGGAGCUUCACUGUUACUGGAAGUAGGAGACGUCGUCUGUAUUAAGCUCAGAGCUAAUUCAUGGGUGUAUGACAGCAGUUCUCAUCACAGCACCUUCAGUGGUCAAAUGCUGUUUUCUGUUUAAGCAGUUCAUCAAAAAAUAGUCAAUGGAAACAGACAGUAGACGUGGGUGGUCUUUGGACUAAGUAAAGGUAGAAAGCUGCCAGGGGGCCCAUGAAAAUACAAAUUAGAUGUCCUGCAUGUUGACGUUAAAUAAUGUUUUCUGAAAUAUAUAUCCAUUUUGAAAAUAGCUGUUAUUUACUAUUAUUAUUAUUAUUAUUAUUAUUAUUAUUUAUAGAGUAGUUUGUUUGUUUCAUGAAUAUUUCUUAAAACAAGCAAUUUUAUUCACCAUAUCAUGAGAUCAUUUUCAGUGAAAUUUCCUGUUUAGCUUGCAAUUCAAAUAAGUGAAGAGUUAUUUGACAUGUUGAGAUUCUAAUUAUGUUCAAACUGAUUUUUCUGCAAACUGUCUGUUAAAAACUGAAUUUUUUACAACCUCGUUUCCAAAAAAGUUGGGACGCUGUGCAG